CAAAGCGAUGACCAACUUCCGUGCGCCGUUGCGUGAUGGGAACGCAUAAGACGCAUAUACUGUACAGUACAAGGCUUGGCUCACCAACCCCAGUUCCCACACAAACAGAAAUUUGGAACCUUUCUCCCAAACCCUCAUUGAUAGAUCAUGGGAAAGUCGCUCUUCCCGCAGAGGCCAGCCGCCACCACCGUCCACGGCGGUCUUGGCGACGCAAGUUACGAGUCGCUUCCAAACUACACAGCUUCCGCCUCCGGGAGUGGGAAUGUUGAGAACGAGGAGAACGACCCGCUUUUCGGGAACUCCAGUGCUGACUCCAAAUUCAAUAAUGCUCCCAUUUACCAGGACAAAUGGGCAACAGUUGCCUUCUUCGCACACCUAGUGGUCUUGGCGUUUCUGACGGUCGCUGGCUGGAAAGUCAAUCUGCCCGAUGUGCCCGCAGACGGGUCUGAUCCGCGCACUCCCGGCGAUGGCAAUGCUCUCGAGACGGCCGAUCCUUCCGAACCCCAAGUUCCAAUUGGGGACUUCCCUGCUCUCUCCCAAUUCGCCAUGUCAUUUUUCGGAGUGAUCUUGGCAGGCUUCCUGUUGACUGUUUCAUACUUUUUCCUCAUGGAAAGGUAUCCUCGCCAGUUGAUCCACUCAUCCUUCAUCUUCAACACCGUGACUGCUGCCAUGUUGGGGAUCUUCUACCUAGCCUCCGGCGCCUUUUUCCCCGCCCUUUUCGCGCUCAUCUACAGCGCCAUCCACAUCUUUAUGUACUUCGCCUACCGCACUCGAAUGGAGUUUGCUCGUGUGAUUUUGACCGCCGUUACCACGGUCACAAAGUCGUAUCCGGGCACCCUCGCGGUGGGAGUCGCUGGUACCGUCGUCCAGACGAUCUGGAUGGCGGUUUGGACCUUUGCGGCCAUUGGCGGCUACAGGCUCACAAAGACGAACGACAGCGAUGCCGUUAAGUACAUCGUGUCGACGUACAUAAUAUUCUCCAUGUACUGGACGAGUCAAGUUAUCAAGAAUGUGGUCCAUGUGACAGUCUCUGGAUUGUUUGCUACGUACUAUUUCACCGGCAUCUCCACUGCCGAUGGGUCCGUCGUGGUCCCGGUUGCAAACCCGACGCUCAAGAGCGCCAAAAGAGCCGUCACCACUUCUUUUGGGCCAAUCGCCUUCGGUAGUCUCAUUAUCGCUUUGAUCCAAACUUUGAGGCAUGUCGCGAACCAAAUUCGACGCAACGCACAAGAAGACAACAACAGCGCUCUCGCGUUGGUUGCUACCUGUGCCGAUUGUCUUUUAUCUAUGAUCGAGGGUGUCAUCGCCUUCAUCAACGUGUACGCCUUCACCCAAGUUGCCAUCUACGGCAAAUCCUACCUGGAGGCCGGAAGAGACACAUGGGCCCUCCUGCAGUCACGCGGCGUUGAUCUCAUCAUUAACGACGAUCUGACAUCUGGGGUAUUGACCCUGGGAGGUGUGUUGAUCGCUUUCCUUGCGGGUACUGUCGGGUACAUCAUCGGCUGGUUGCAGUACUCCGAGCCGGCUGUGGUCUGGGUGUUGGCCGGGUUGGGCUUCGUUGCUGGGAUCAUCCAGUUCUGGGUCCUGUCUGAGACCAUCCGUAGUGGUGUCGCGACAACCUUCGUGUGCCUUGCCGAAGACCCUCUUGCGCUCCGUCGUACGAAGCCCGAGCUCUAUAACAAGUUCUCCGAAGUGUACCCGCGAUCCGUCCAGGAUCCUGCUUUCGAAGUGUAAAGCAAAGUGCCAUUGUAGCGUUUAUGCACCGUAAUGGGGUAUUUUCCCAGGUGCUGCCUUUUUUCAUCGAGAUUUAUUUCACCAACAUCUGCAAAGUUUGUAAACAUCUUAUACCCUAGCAAGCGGCUCCCUUCUUGGUCCGACGACAUAGUUUUAUGUAGUUCGAUGUGGUUUUUCGUAUGGCUAUCGACUUUAAACGAAAAUGUGAGCAUAUUAUCACGAAUACGAACUUGACACCUUUGUUGGUGGACUGACGGCAAG